AUUGCAGUGUGUCCAGUGAGACUACACGUGAAAGCAGAAACAGACAGAAAUCAACUUAAAAUUAAAGUGUUUUUAAUUCGUUUUAGUUGAGUAUCUGCGGGCCAGCAUGCUGUACCUGGUGGGGCUGGGGCUCGGUGACGCGACGGACAUCACGGUGAAGGGUCUGGCGGCCGUGAGGGGCUGCAGCCGGGUCUACCUGGAGGCCUACACCUCCAUCCUCACCGUGGGGAAGGAGGCUCUGGAGGAGUAUUAUGGGAUGCCUCUGAUCCUGGCGGACAGGGAUCUGGUGGAGCAGCAGGCGGACGAGAUCCUGAAGGACGCUGACGUGACGGACGUGGCGUUCCUGGUGGUGGGCGACCCGUUCGGAGCCACCACCCACAGUGACCUGGUGCUGAGAGCAGUGCAUGCUGGGAUACCGUACAAAGUCAUCCACAACGCCUCCAUCAUGAACGCCGUCGGCUGCUGUGGCCUUCAGCUGUAUAACUUCGGGGAGACGGUGUCGUUGGUGUUCUGGACGGAGACGUGGAAACCCGAGAGUUUCUACGACAAAAUCUGUAAAAACAGGAAAGCUGGACAACACACACUCUGCUUGCUGGAUAUUAAAGUAAAAGAGCAGAGCAUCGAGAACAUGAUGAGAGGGAAAAAGAUCUUCGAGCCGCCGCGCUUCAUGACGGUCGGUCAGGCUGCAGAUCAGCUGAUCCAGAUCAUCGAGAGGAGGAGGGAGGAGGGGGGGGAGCUGGGUGUGACGGAGGACACGGUGUGUGUCGGCGUCGCUCGGCUCGGUGCAGACGAUCAGCUGAUCCGCACCGGGACGUUACGCCAGCUGGUGUCAUGUGACCUGGGCGAGCCGCUCCAUUCGCUGGUCGUCACCGGACAUCUGCACCCGCUGGAGGUGGACAUGCUGCGAAUCAACGCUGAACCUGACGCUCUGAAGGACCUGAAGUCCAUCGACAGCUCCACCUUCUGCUCAUAACACACACUCUGACUCUGGGUACAUGUGAGGACCAACACAACUACAGUACAAGAGAAAUAACCCACAACUUUUUGGAUGAUUUAUUUAUCUUUAGGGUUGUUUUUUCAUGGAGAAAUGUCUUUAAGAGCAGCCUGUACUUCCUUUAAAUAUCAAGAUUUGCUGCUUUUCUUUGUUAUAUAUCAAAGAAAGAACCAUCAGAAUCAGAAUACCUGUAUUAGUCCCACUGUCCCUACAAUGUUGAAAGGUCCUCUUAUGAUGGUUAUGGUAAUACUUGGUCCUCACAAAGACAGUUAAACAAGCCACAACUUUUAUGAUUUAUUUAUCGUAAUGAUGCGUUAGGGUUGUUUUUUCAUGGAGAAAUGUCUUUAAGAGCAGCUUGUUACUUCCUUCAAAUAUCGAGAUGUGCUGCUUUUCUUUGUUAUAUAUAUAUCAAAGAAAGAGGAUAUCUAUUGGUUUGACGAAAAAAAGCAACUUACUCUUUAUAUAAAGUUUGAUUGAAUAAUUGUAAGUUAAACGCUGAAACUGAUGCUCUGAAGGACCUGAAAUCCAUCGAGAGUUCCACUUUCUGCUCAUAACACACACUGACUCUGGGCGAGAACUCCAUAAUGACAACAAACCAUCACAGUAAAAGAGAAAUAAUCCACAACUUUAUGAUGAAUUUGGGUGUUUUUUUCAUGGAGAAAUGUCUUUAAAAGCAGCUUGUACUUCGUUUGAAAUAUUGAGAUUUGCUGCUUUUCUUUGUUAAAUACCAAAGAGGAUAUCUUUUGUUUUGGUUUGACAAAAAAAGCACCUUAUAAAAGUUUAAUCAAAUAAUUACAGUCCUACAAAUGUCUAAUAAUAACCCUGAACCAUCAAACUGUGCCUACAAUAUUGAAAGGUCCUUAUGAUGUUAUAGUAAUACUUGGUCCUCACAAAGACAGUAAAACAAGCCUAUACACACACACAACAGGCUGCAGGAUGUCAUUCAUCAUCAGAAAACCAACAUUAAAGGUGACAUGUCAUGCUU